GCACAAUGAGGACAAAGGUUUACCAAACGCUCCCUUCUCCAUAAAAACUGAUACCACUGUUGUUUUGUUUUUCAUCUUUGACUAUGGAUUCAUUUUGGUCUUGAGCACUGAUAUAUGGAUUUGGCUGCAUUCUGUUUCUGCCUCGCUUACGGUUCAUAGUCUUAGAUAUAAGCCUCCUCACCCAGCCUCAAGCCUAAGCUUUUGAUUUUAUAGAUCAAAGAUGCCAAGUGAAAAUCCCACGUUUUCAUCUACGAAUCCACAGUUUUUCAAGAUAAUUUUGGCAGAGACUCUUAAAGAGAACAAACUUCGGGUUCCACAAUGUUUUGUGAAAAAAUGUGGAGAAACUUUAACCGAAUCAGUGUUUCUUAAGCUUCCAUGUGGUUCCAAAUGGAAAAUGAAGUUAGAAAGUGAUAAUGGAAAGUUUUGGUUACAAAAGGGUUGGCCAGAAUUUGUGAAGCAUUAUUCCAUAGGAAGAGGUCAUAUGCUAACUUUUAGAUAUGAUGGGAACUCUGAGAUUUAUGUUGUCAUAUUUAAUACAAAUACUGUUGAGAUAGAUUAUCCUGCUACCCCUGUUCAUUUUGGUAUGCCUAACAUCGAUGUCAAACUCCGAGUUCCCAAGAGAGAAGUUAUUGAUGACAGUAUUGAAAUCUUGGAUGAAAUCGGAGUAAAAUCUUCAUGUUCUCAGCCUUCUAAGAGAAUGAAAGCAUAUCCUCCAGGAAAACUUGAUUCACCUUCUAAAAGUACAGAUAAUUCUGACACUAAAACCGCAAAAAAGAUUAAUUAUGGGAUUCCUAAAACUAUGAAAACAUUGGAUAAAAGUGAAAGAAUUGCAGCUCUUCAGAGGACUGUUGGUUUCAAAUCUGAACACCCAUAUUUCAAGAUGGUCAUGCAACCAUAUUAUAUCCUUGGUAAAAACAUGACCUUUCCACAUUUAUUUGCAAAGAUACAUCUCAAUAAUAGAUCUUAUGAUGUAACCCUCAAAGUUCCAAAUGAGAACAAAACUUGGCCUGUGAAGUACACUUAUAGAGAACAUAAGAGUGCAGCACCCAGGUUCCAAGGUGGUUGGACAACAUUUGUUCAGGAAAAUAAUUUGAAAGUAGGUGAUGUGUGUGUAUUUGUUUUGCUUAAGGCCAUAAACAUUGUUUCAUUUGAAGUUGUAAUUUUCCGUGCUGGAGAAAGCUUGAAAGGUUCCGUAGGCACGAUUCAUAAUGAAGCUGGAACACGUUGCUUGCUCAAUAGUUCUAAAAAACAAGAAAUUGGGAAGCAACUUCCUUUGACUUUGGAUGAAAGAGUUAAAAUUCUUGAAAAAGAUGCUAUUGAACAUGAAAAACCCUUCUUCAAGAUUGUUAUACAGCCAUCAAAUAAGUGGCAUGUGCGUGUACCGUUAGACAUAGCUGAGAAACACAUUAAGAAUGAUGGUGGUAUCGUUCUUGCAAAUCCAAAUGGUGAACAAUGGCCUGCUCAAUUCAAAAGGAGGAAGAGCCCUGUAACUGGGAAGUCUGCAGCUGUAAUCUUUGAUGGUUGGAAAGAAUUCAUGACCAAUAACAAUUUGAAAGUGGGUGAUAUCUGUAUGUUCGAGCUUCUUGACAAAACAGAACUUGUGUUUCAAGUUUUGAUUGUCCGAGUUUCUGAUUUUUUAAAACAACAAAGGUAUCAAGCCAUUAGCUCUCCAGAAGGUGAGAACAAGCCAAAGGGAGAUGAGAGAGUGAAAAUUGAAACAGACUCAUGAGAUGCCAAUAUGUAAAGAAACUGGACUAUCAGUAUAUGUUUAAGCUUGUUUAGAUGUGAAGAAGACUUGUUUCCUAUAUUAGAUGUGUAAACUGUAAAGUUAACAUUGUCGUUUUCUAGUAUAUUUGUUGUAUGUAAAGUUAUAUAAAGUCAUUUCGUAAGAUAUAUGUUGUUUUGUAAUAUAUUAUCUUUUUACAUACUAAGAUA